GUAUGGUAGUUCCGUAAAUUUUUUAACCGUCAGAUAUUUGAUACUUAUUAUUUUAGGCUUUUUCAAGCUUAAUACAAUGUCAAUCAUCAAUGGCAUUAUAUUUAUAGUAUUUAUAUUAUAAAAUUAACAUUAUUGCAUAACCAGUGUAAAUUAUCAAUAUCAGGCCAGACUAUGAUGUAUAAAUUUUAUUUUGAACUAAUUUAAGAAGUAUUAUUCGUGUACUGUAAUAAUAUUGGAUGUUAAGUAAUGAAUUCAUCUUGUAUUAUUGUAAGUUUCAGUGUUCUCAUUAUUUGGCUGUCAUCUAAUGUCCACAAAGUACUGGGUCAAUAUAGUGAUAUUCGAUGUAAAUGUGUAUGUCCAAGCACGGAAGUUGUAAAUGGAAGCAAGACUGAACGAAACUUGUAUAUAGGAAAUGUACCACCUGAUGAAUGUAACUGUGAUGGUGUUGUUCUGUCACAAAUUGGUUAUGACCUAAAGAAUAAAGAGAGAGAAUUCUGUCCACGCUGUGAAUGUCAUUAUGAAAGUAGGAACACUACUACUAUCAGGGUAGUUGUUAUCAUCAUUAUCUGGGCCGUUUCUCUGUUGGUGGUCUAUAUGUUGUUUCUGAUGUGUCUUGAUCCUCUACUAAAUAAAAAGAGAAGCACAUAUGAAGAAUACCGAGAUGAAGUAACUAUGGAGGAGCCGGUUUCUCCAGUAACACCUCAUCAAUCACCCACUCCAACAGUUUUUAACAGGGUGGGACAACAACAGGACAAGUGGAAACGACAGGUUCAGGAGCAAAGACGACACAUUUAUGAUCGUCACACCAUGCUCAAUUAGGCUUCUUUUUCUUUUUUUUUAUUUGACAAAUUGCUCUGAAAUAUUAUGAUACUGUUUGAUAACAACUCACAGUUGUCUGUUUAUGUAGCACUAACUGAUCUUUUAAAGUGAUAUAUAAACAGUGUGUUGAAUAUACACAGCGUGGUCACAAGUAAAUAGACACCACCUUUUCAGAAAAAAUUUAAUUUUUCAGUUAUAC